AUGUCGUCUGAAACAGUAUCCCCAGCUGCCCCGAGACGAUCCACGAGGUCUCGUCAGGAGAGCAAGAAAAGUCUUGCCACGCUCAAUUUACAUCCCAAUGCCACCGCCGUGGUGUCUACUUGUCAAAGUGGCAAUGAUAACAAAAAAUCUGCAUGCGACGUUGGAUCGUCGUCAACGUCCCUUAAGAUAUCGAUUCCUUCUCGAAAGCGCAAGCGAGAGGACGACCUCGAAAACGAAACUCAAAAAAAGAGGACAAGCAACCACAACACCUCUGAACUCCUUGAACCCUCCAAGAGGAGAGAUUGGAGCGAGAAUUCUAACCCGGAUUAUAAAAAACGUUUCAACGCGGUCAUUCAAGCGCUGUUGGCUCGACGCGCAGCUUCCGGAGUACGAUGCCAAUCCGCUAUCGAUGAUGAGAAAAAGAGGAUAGCGGAACGAGAGGCCGACCCAUGCGUCGAGUGGUUCACCACCAGCUCCGUGAUGUGCGCUGGGUGCUACAAGGAGAUGGCAACAGACAGCCGCCAGAGUUACUACAAGAUGUCGUGGGAGAGGCACAGGGACAAUCGCUGUGCUGGCGCGAGAAAUAUUAUGGCAGAGUGGCAACGUCGCCGUCGUGAGGAGGCGGCGCUUCAGUGGACUCCCAGCAAAGAGGAACUGAAAGUGGUGGAGGUACUGAGGUUCUUGGCCGCGCGUUCACUGAGCACCCCAAGGCAGGUUUUAACAACUCGAUCGCCCACCCCCGAGGACGUGCGGGACGCAGGGGAGGGAUUGGCGCUCUUGGUCACGCGUAGUGCCUUAAGCCAGGCGUCGACACCUCCGUCGGAUUCCUGA